AUGACUUCUGAGGCUCCUGAGUCCACCUCACCAAUCACUGUCACCGAGACCGAACACGCGGUCAGAAUCUCAGCCAGCGGUCCAAUGACGACGGAUCGCACGGCCGAGUCCAUGGGAGAGCAAGCAGUCGUUGAAGAUCUGAUGGGAAAGCAAGCCUACAGGAUAGAAACGUCCUUUAUGGUCGCAAUGGACAGAUUCUCCUAA